UAACAUUUCGUGCUUGAAAAUGAUUUAUUUGCAUUCUAGGCAGACACAGGUAUUAUUAUUUCUGUUAAUAUCAAAGCGUUCUGGAAGUUUUCUUGCUUUCUUGCAUUAUUUGAGAUAUUGGUCAGUCCACAGCCUGUACAUGGAAACCAAGAAUGUGAAUUUUGUAAAAUUUAUUUUAAACUGAGGCGUCACAUUGACAGAUGGCUGAAUUUGAGAGAACACAGCGUCACCUGUCGGUAAUCAAGGGAAAGGCUUCUGAUUGGCUCCACCGUUGCCUGGAUACGACGCAACAAACGUAAACUCGAGUUCAGCUGUUUGAAGUCGGACUAACGUUAGUUGCAGUCAAAAACAGUAUUAAUAAUUUUUCUUGAACUACCAGCGACUACAUCUCGUACAAAUGGCAUCAGCGGUUCAGCCCAGCCGCCGGAGAGGAUCCAGUAAAAGCGAGCCAAUGGAGGAAGCCAUUAUGAUAAUCCAGCCGUCAGACCUCCGUCAGGUCACUGUGCUGAGGAAGGCUGAAUUGCAAAGGAUUCAAGAUCGACCAAGCCGGCUUAAAAAAGAGAAGGAACGCGUGAGAGAGGCAGCAGAACAGAGGGAGGCUCUGCACCAGCAGUCAAAAGAAGUGGUGAAACUGUGGUCCAACACCAUCACUGGUCAAAGGCAAAAGAAGCUGGAGGCAAAGAUGAUUCGAGAGCAAAUUGAGGAGGAGAAAAGGAAACUGAUGGAUAUCGAAGAAGCCAAAUACAAGGAACAGAAGCAGAAAGAGAUAAUCGAAAGAGCAAAGACUCAGCAGUAUUAUCAAACCGACCGGGUCAAAGGACUCCAUCGGGCACUACUGCUGACGGAGGUGCUGAAGGAGAGGGACGCUCAGGUCGAACUGAAGCAAAGACAAAAGAGUGCAACGAAAGAUGCGGACAAAGAAUACGUGGAAAUGGUAAAGAGCAGAGAGGAUGAAGCCUUGAGACAGGAGCAGGAGAAAGCAAAGCAGAAGAAGCUCCAGAGACAGGCUGCUGAAGAAGACCUGAAAAACCAAAUGAAGGAAAAUGAGAAGGUGAGGGAGCAACUGAAGCUGGAAGACAAGAAGGAUGGAGAAGAAAUUCAGCGUCUCCUAGAGCAAUAUCAGUUGGAGCAAAGAAUGGAAUCGGGAAGACAAGCAAAUGAGAGGAAAAACCUCAUGCUAGCUCAGAUGGUAAGGCCUUAUCAACACAAGUUAUCAAGUAUUUGUAUCUUUCUUGUGGACCACAGUAAGUUUCUUGAGCGUUCUGUGCAUUUACAGGAGCAACGUCACAACAGAGACCUCCUGAGAGCAAUAAAUGCACAAAAACAGGAGGCUGAAGAGGAGCAAAGGAAACUUUUUCUCUCUGCCAAACAAAAAAUGAUCAAGUUACGUAACGAAAAAGAAAAAGAGCUGUUUAGGGAGGCACAGAUGCGCCGAGAGAGGAUCAUGGGCAAACUUACAGUGAAGCAGCAGGAGGAAGCUGUCAGUGAGGAGCAGAGGAUCGCGAAGGCUGUAGCUGAGCAGGAUGCUAAACAGGCACAAGAGCAGCAGGAGAAGGAGGAGAAGAAGGCGGAAAUGUUGAAGUCCAUCGCUGCACACAGAGAAUCCAUGAGACGAGAAAAGGAGCAGAUGGAGAAGACAGCAAAACAGAACAAACAAGAUACACUGCAGAGAAUAAAAGAGGCUGACAAAAUAUUCUCUGAGGAACAGCAGCUGGAGGCGAAGAAAACCAGAGAAAAUGAAAUAAAGUUACAAGACUUCAAUGUUACACUAAUGGCAGAGAAAAGUGCAAGGCAACAGCGGUUGAAGGAAGAGGAACACGAGUUUGAUGCGAAGAACGCAGAAUUCAUGGCUGAAGAGGAGAACAAGUUUCAACAGUAUUCACAGAGCAUCAUCAACGCCGCGGCAGUGGCUCAGAAAAACCUGUUUCCACUCUGCAAAGCUGCAAGGGAAGGAAUCGGAGGAGGGCAGGGUCCCGUGUUUGGCAGGUUCAGGCCGAGCUACCUCGUCCAGGACCGCACUGGUGCUCAGAUGCCCAAAUAUGUCUCCGGUACCACAGAAGACAUUAAAAAGCGGAAUGAGGUCGUAGAUAUACAGGAAGCAAAGAGGAGGCUCGGAUUCACUUGGUGACAGUUUGUUCUCAGCUGGCGGCAAGAAUGCUGGCCCUAAAUGAAUCAUCUUUGAAAAUGAUAAAUUUGUAGUGUCUAUUGUGAAGUCCACAAUAGACAAUACAGCUGUCCCAAAAAUAAAGUCAAUAUUCAGCAUUUUUGCAAUUACUGGUAUCACUAUUUUCUUUUUAAAGGUCAUUCCUGAUUAAAUAAUUUAAAAAUUUGAAGCCACCUCUCUGUAAUUUUGAAAUGUCCCUCCUACAGCGCCAUCUGAUGGGUUACACAUCAUGAUUAACAGCCUAUUAACAUUCAAGGAUGUUAAAUAUAAACAAGCUAAGUUAAUAGUAGCUAAGUUUUGUGUGUAAGCUUGCUAAGUUUUUUUUUUAGGUUAUUUUUUGGCUUUACUUGACAUGUUGAGAGGCAUAAAAGAAAGAAGACAUGCAGCAAAGGGCCGUAAGCUGGAAUCAAACUCAGCCACUGUAUCUGGGAAUCUAGCCCCGGUUUAUGUUUAUGAAUCACCUUCUCAACCAGUUGAGCUAUCUGGGUGCCCAGUAAUGUUGAGUUUUGACACCACAACUUUCACUGUUUUACUGCAAAUUUGUAUCAGUACCAAAUAUAAAUUAUUGGUCUCCCUCAGUACUAAUAAUCAGAAUCAUCAGCCCUGAAAAAGCCCAUCAGUUGCCCCAUUAUAUGCACAGAAUUGUAUAAAAUCAAUCAC